AUGAUCAUCUCAUCUCGACAAAAUCCGGCCAAAAUGUCUCUUCGACGAACGGCUGCACUCUCUCCGGCACUCACUUCGAAAAACAGCUUGUUAGUCCCGCUCAUCGAUUCACCACUGCCAUCUCCCAUUCUUCCUUCAAUCGUUCCCAGUCAUGGAAAAAGACUGCCAGGUGCUGGGAAACGCAAAGCAUUUCGCAUAUUCCGCUUAUUAGCUGUGUGCGCAAUAAUCCUCACCCUCGUACGCAUGCCAUUGCUUCAGUUAUUGGGUGUGCCGACUCUCGUUCAGUGGCUUGCCGAUGACAGGAACUAUCAAUUGCCCUCUAUACUUCCGGUCUCAGCGUCUCCUGUUAUAAUGACAAACAAACAGGGCCGUCAGAAAUGGACUGUUCAUAUUCCGGCUGGCAUGGAAUUUCCCUACGCCCCGUCACAGAUAGAAGACUUAAGUUCGCAAUGUUUUCAGAUGUCUCAGCAGGUUUCUGAUGGCAGACAUCAACCUUUUGAUUAUUCUCAAUCCGAUCCUAAUUUUAUAGAUAUUACCGACAGACAGUCAGCUAGACAGAUGACAGGUUUACUGUCUAAUGAACAGAUUGUUAUCCAGAAGAGAUCAAAUCUAUACUGUGAUAGCAGUCUUACAUUCGUCAUGCAAUCCGAGGAUGCAGGACUGGGGACCACUCUCAUGAAUUUGUGGAUAAGCUAUGGACUUGCACAAAAACAAGGACGCAAUUUUUUCAUUGAUGAUACUAAUUGGGCGUAUGGAAAGUUUUCAAAAUAUUUCAAAUCGCCUCCGAAACCCAUGUGUCGCCAACCACCGCCAGCAUUCAGGCUGCCUUGUCCUCUUCAGGCACGACAUCUUGUUGUGUCUUCAUCCAAUGCGCCCUGGAUUUUUGGGGAUACCUUCAAAGAAUACUUCAAAAGUCCUUUUGCCGCGAGUGAAGCGCAGCAAAAGGUAAUUUUUGAAAUGGCACGCAGUGGCUAUGAAGCCCUUUUUCACCUUAUCGGCGAUGAUGCUACGUAUUUUCAAUCGAGUAUCCAAAGACUGAACAGAGAUGUUCGGUCCAAAGGCGGCAUUGCAAUUGGUAUUCAUGUUCGCCACGGCGACUCACACCCACUUGAGCCUCAAUACAAAGCCUCCCAUAUCCCUCUCGAUAGGUACGCGAAGCGUGUUAGCACAAUCUUCCAUGCCCACUUGCAGCAAGCGCAUGGAGAUACUGCAUUGUCUCAGUCUAUGGCAUUACACUCGAAAGUCAUGCUAGCUUCUGACGACCCCGAAGUAUAUACUUCGUUCGAGCUGGGCGGAGCUGAGAGAGCUCAAAACUAUAUUGCUCUAGCAAGUAAAUCAGCCCUAGAUGCUGCGAGAAAUGAGGGUCUAUCGAACGAAAAUAUCGGCUGGGAGGGAGGUUUCUUCCAGGACAUGUUUUGGUCUCUCGGCCGUCGCUGA